CCUCCUGUUAAAAACUAAAUUCAACCGAAAAUCCUUGAUUGACUUAUUCACAAAUGCCCCCAGCAAUUAACUAUUAACCUGGCUAACCUGCUCGCGCCUCAAUAAUAAAUCCCCUUUGGCAGUUUAACACCUGACUGCUGGUGGUGGUCGGCUCUAAUUACAGGCCACAAAACGAUGGGGCGUGGUUUGGCCAGGGAAUCGAGCACCUGUUCAAUUAUCGGGGCGUGGGUGAUGGUAUAAAAUGCGCGAGUGAGAAGUGAACUGGUCAGUAAACAUGGUGCUGUUCGAGCUGAUUAACCCGGCCCCAUUGACCGAAAAAGUGCAAUCCCGCCAGGGAAACAUAUACCUGUACAGGGCCAUGUGGCUGAUUGGUUGGAUUCCGCCGAAGGAGGGUGUGCUGCGAUACGUGUACCUCUUCUGGACCUGUGUGCCCUUCGCCUUUGGGGUAUUUUAUCUGCCCGUUGGCUUCAUCAUCAGCUAUGUGCAGGAGUUCAAGAACUUCACGCCCGGCGAGUUCCUCACCUCGCUGCAGGUGUGCAUCAAUGUUUAUGGCGCCUCGGUAAAGUCAACUAUUACCUAUCUGUUCCUCUGGCGACUGCGAAAAACGGAGAUGCUAUUGGACGCGUUGGACAAGAGACUCGAUGGCGACAGCGAUCAUCAGAAAAUACACAAUAUGGUGGCACGCUGCAACUAUGCAUUCCUGAUCUACAGCUUCAUAUACUGCGGUUAUGCGGGCUCCACUUUUCUGUCCUAUGCGCUAAGUGGUCGUCCUCCGUGGUCGGUCUACAAUCCAUUCGUGGAUUGGCGCGAUGGCCUGGGCAGCCUGUGGAUUCAGGCCAUCGUUGAGUACAUUACCAUGUCCUUUGCCGUGCUGCAGGAUCAGCUGUCCGAUACAUACCCUCUGAUGUUCACCAUUCAGUUUCGGGCGCACAUGGACAUACUGAAGGAUCAUGUGCGAAAUCUGCGAAUGGAUCCCGAGCGAAGUGAGGCCGACAAUUAUCAGGAUUUGGUGAAUUGUGUCAUGGACCACAAGAUGAUCUUGAGAUGCUGUGACAUGAUUCGGCCCAUGAUAUCGCGCACCAUCUUCGUGCAGUUUGCGCUGAUUGGAUCCGUUUUGGGUCUGACUCUGGUCAAUGUGUUCUUCUUCUCGAACUUCUGGAAGGGCGUGGCCUCACUCCUGUUCGUCAUCACCAUUCUGCUGCAGACGUUUCCCUUCUGCUACACCUGCAAUCUGCUAAUCGACGACGCCCAGGAACUGGCCAACACGAUUUUCCAAUCAAACUGGGUGGACGCAGAGCCGCGUUACAGGGCCACUUUGGUUCACUUUAUGCACCAUGUCCAACAGCCCAUUAUUUUCAUAGCAGGAGGCAUAUUUCCCAUCUCCAUGAACAGCAACAUAAGCGUGAGUUACGCUUUUUUCAACCCCCCUCCCCUUUUUGAACCAUUUUCAUAUUUGACCCUAUUUAGGUGGCCAAGUUCGCCUUCAGCAUCAUUACAAUAGUGCGACAAAUGAAUCUGGCCGAGCAGUUCCAGUAAAAUUAGCUCACAAAAAUGAUUUCAAAUUAUCCAGCACACAGCAUAUAGCACUCCCAAAAAGAAGCCUCCCAGCUAUUCUUUAUAGCCGUGAUUUGCAUAAAAUGUGUAUAUGUUGUGGCUUAUCUGGUAAGAUUUUGGCUGAUUUAGUUGGUAAAUGGUAAUGGCCAUGGCAAAGGAUGUGAAAGUCAGACUGAAUUUGCAAAUUGCGUUAGCAGACGGAAAUUACACCAGCCAGACGAUUCGACGAGUGUAACAACAAGCAGUCUGAGCAAAUGGGCUCAAAGCUGGCAAAAUACUUCACUGGAGGAGGAGCACUGGAGCAACCACAGGAAGUACAUAUAACCGUUUACAUAUUGUAUGCGAUUUUUAUUUAAAUUUUAUGUUAAACACGUGACUUGUAACCAGCAAAAAGGCGGAGUAGGAAUAUAGUAUAAUAAUAUAAAACGGAUCGCCCAGACUGUGGCAAAGGCAAAUAUUAUGACAUAUUUUUGCGGUUUACUUGCCGCACACGCGUCAUCAUAUCGCCCCCACAUACGAUAUGUUCCACGAUGGAGUCCAUAAACAUGUAAAGUGGUUAGAAGGAGGCAAGAUAGAUGGACCCUGAUAUAUAUUUGCAAAUAGUAAAUGAAACCAACAAUAGAAAAGCAGAGAAGCUAAAGCAAGUCCACCUAUACUUUGCGCUUUUUCAAGUUUUCCCCUGACAAUAGAAAACUUAGUUAAGUGGACAAAAAUUCAUGUUUAUAUGACAAUUUAUUCUUCUAUCUAUGGAAAUAAACAAGUUAGAGAGAGAACAAUAUUUACACAAUUAUAACUUUUAAUAUCACAUCUAAUCAACUAUCCUUUCGAAAUGUAAAAUCAAGCUAAAUAUGGCAAGGGUCAAGGUUGAAAUAUUGAAAAUCUAUAAAUUACAUCUGGCCACGGGUUUCAAAAUGUUAUGCCCUAUUAGACAUUUCAAUUUGAAUUCAUUAGCUUCAUUUUCAAAUCCCAUUGAGCAAUUAUGCUAAAUUAGUGUUGAGUGCACUUAAAUCGAAAUCGUCAUUUUCUGAACAUUCCAACCAAUACAGUGAAUUCAAUGAAACUGAAAAAGCUAUUAAAAGCGCUCAAUUCGUAUUGAUGGCGCAAAUCGGUGUGGCGACCGGGUCUAGCCGAUGGCAAAAAAUAUUAUUAAUUAUGCAAUGAAAAAGUAAUUAUAUCCGGCAGCUAAUAAAAAGAAGCGACACUUACUUUGUGCACCGCAAACGUAAAAUCAAAUUAAUUACACAUGGGUUGUGGU